AUGCGCCUGUUAGACGCCGCCCUGCAGGUGUCCAUAUCCUUGAACAAAGUGGAGCUAAGCGUCGGAGAGUCCAAAUUCUUCAUCUGCACAGCUAUCGGCGAGCCGGUGAGGCUGGAUUGGUACAACCCCCAGGGCGAGCGCAUCGUCCAGUCCAAGCGGAUGGCGCUGCACACGGAGACGUCGCGGUCCAGGCUCAUCAUUUACAACGCCAUCAUCGAGGAUGCCGGUAUCUACCGCUGCCAGGCCACAGACGCCAGCGGUCACACCGAGGAGGCCUCGGUCGUGCUGGAGAUCUACCAGAGGCUGACGUUCCAGGAUGUUCAGUCACCGCAGGAGUUCCGCCACGGCGACACGGCGGAGGUGGUGUGUGAUGUCAUUAGCUCACCGGUGCCCGUGGUGGUGUGGUACUACCAGGAUAAGGAAAUCACAGAGGAACACCGCAACAAGUUCCAGGUGCUGACGAACAACAACCUGCAGAUCUACCAGGUGAACAAGGCCGACGAGGGCGUGUACCGCUGCGAGGCGAGCGUGGAGGCCCGGGGCGAGAUCGACUUUGUGGACAUCGCUGUCGUGGUCAACGUCCCUCCGGUGCUGUCCGUGUUCCAGCAGACCUUCAACGCCACGGCGGACUACCAAGAAUCCGUCACGUUGACUUGCAUCACCUCUGGAUCUCCGGACCCCGUGGUCACGUGGCACAGGAAAGGGCAGCAGCUGGAGCCAUCGGAGCACCACGUCUUCAACCGGCUGGAAGGCGGCCGCGGCAUGUUGACCAUCCACAACAUCCGGCAAGGGGACGGGGGCGCCUACACCUGUAAGGCCACCAACAAGGCAGGGUCCCUGGACAGGGAGCUGUUCCUCAAAGUGUUCGUCCAGCCUCACAUCACCCAGCUGAAAAACGUGACAGCCGUGGAGGGCAGCGCCGCCAUGAUCUCCUGCGUGGCCGAGGGCGAGCCUCUGCCCGACAUCUCCUGGAGGAGGGCCAGCGACGGCCAUACCUUCGUGGAAGGGGACAAGAGGCAGGACGGACGCUUCGAGGUCCGCGGCCGCCACGGCAAGUCGGUGCUGACGAUCAGCGGCGUGAGGCUCAACGACCUGGGCCGCUUCGACUGCGAGGCACAGAGCCGGAUCGGAGGCCAUCAGAAGAGCAUGUUCCUGGACAUCGAGUAUAUACCAAAGUUCCUGACCAAUCACACCAUCUUUUACUCGUGGGAGGGGAACCCGGUGAACAUCAGCUGUGACGUGAUGUCCAACCCUCCCGCCACCAUGCUGUGGAGGCGGGAGCGCCUCACCAUCUCCGCGGAGGCCACCACCAACACGCGGGUGCACAGCACGGAGGGCAAGUCUGUGCUGGAGGUGACUCCGAUGUCCGACAGGGACUUUGGCCGCUACAACUGCACGGCCAGGAACAACAUUGGAGUUCGAUACCAGGAGUUCAUCCUGGCGCAGGCAGACGUGCCAUCGAAUCCGUACUCCGUGCGCCUCUCGGCCGUCUCCCAGCGGCUGGCCACCGUCACCUUCAUGAAGCCCGACUCGCACGGCGGCGUGCCCAUCAGCUACUACCUGGUGCAGUACAAGGAGACGGGCUCACAGGAAUGGAGGGACCUGAAAUCUCACAGUGUUCAGACGACGGUGGUGCUGACGGUGCUGGAGCCCAACACGACGUACGAGGUCCGAGUGGCGGCCGUCAACGGCAAAGGUCAGGGGGAGUUCAGCCACACGGAGACCUUCCAGACGCUGCCCAUCCGGGAGCCGAGUCCGCCGGCGGUCCACGGGCAGAGGGGAAUGGGCAAGGCCUACCGGCUGGGGCUGGUCAAGCAGGACGACGGAGGGAUGCCCAUCGUGGAGUAUAUCGUCAAGUACAAGACGGAUAAGGAGGAGCAGUGGAUGACCAAGCUCGUUCCCGGAGCGAACGACUUCGCGAUGCUUCAGCCGCUGCAGUGGAACACGAGAUAUGAAGUGGAGAUCACGGCGCGCAACGUCAAGGGCCUGUCGGAGCCGACCUUCUAUCAGUUCUUCAUGCCACAGAAGCCCGAUAUUACAGCAGAAUCCCUGUUCAGCGGCAUGGGCCUGGGGGCGGUGGUGGGCCUUGGCUUCGGCGCGCUCCUGCUGCUGCUCGUGCUGGUGGACGUCAGCUGCUUCUUCCUGCGUCACUGCGGCCUGCUGAUGUGCAUCACGCGCACGCUGUGCGGCAAGAAAACAGCCACCAGCGGCAAGGGCAAAGAAAUGGAGGAGGGCAAGGCUGCCUACCUGAAGCUACCGUUGAAGGAAGAAAAUGGAAAAGAGUCUCUCAAGCCGGAUACGAUUGAAAUCAAGGUGCACAGUGACAACAGCCUCCACACAAAGCCUGACAACAGCAAGGCGUAAGGACGCGGGGGGGGCAGAGAGGAGGAGACGGGUCGGUCCCCUCGCCACCAAAAGAACAUUCGGAUCACGAGACCAAAACCCAGAGAAACUACAACACUGGAAAAUAGUGGAGUAAAAAUACCAUAUCUGUUUAUAACGCUGCCCUGAAGGGGAAGGCAUGUGUAAAUACAAAUAAUAGAGAGAAAAUAGAAAGGAGGAGAGGGUCAACCUUUUAGACCCCCCCGAGUGAUAAAUGUCUCAUGUUCUUGUAAACAUGGCGUCAGUGGAAGGCUCUUGUUUCUCAAUGAUUGUAGAUUGGUUUCUUUUUGCUCGUCAAACAUUUUGCCGUUUGUUUUAAUGUUU